UAUCAACAUUUCAUUAUAUAUUUCUCCUCUUUGUUCCAAAAAAAUUAAACUACACACAUACUUGUCUUAAUAACCACCAUGGGAACUGAGUCUCCAAAAAAUGAAAAACCAAUUGCUUCUUCAGAGGCUGAAAAGGUCUCUUUCUCAGCACAAGAACCAAUAGAUAAAAGAACAGCUGAACAAAAGGCAAUAGAUGAUUGGCUUCCCAUAACUUCUUCAAGGAAUGCAAAAUGGUGGUACGCAGCUUUUCACAAUGUUACUGCCAUGGUUGGAGCUGGUGUCUUGAGUCUUCCAUCUGCCAUGGCAAGUCUUGGAUGGGGUCCUGGUGUGGUGAUUCUAAUCUUAUCAUGGAUAAUCACCCUCUACACUCUAUGGCAAAUGGUUGAAAUGCAUGAAAUGGUUCCAGGAAAACGGUUUGAUAGGUACCAUGAGUUGGGGCAGGAAGCAUUUGGAGAAAAGCUUGGACUCUGGAUUGUCGUGCCACAACAGUUGAUAUGUGAAGUUGGUGUGGACAUUGUUUACAUGGUCACCGGGGGAAAGUCACUGCAGAAAAUUCAUGAUUUGGUGUGUAAAAAAAAUUGCAAAUCAAUGAAAACUACUUAUUUCAUCAUGAUAUUUGCCUCUGUUCAUUUUAUUCUUGCUCAUCUUCCCAACUUCAACUCCAUUGCUGGUAUCUCCUUGGCUGCAGCAAUCAUGUCUUUGAGUUACUCAACAAUUGCAUGGGUGGCUUCAUUAAAAAAGGGAGUUCAACCAGAUGUGGCAUAUGGCUACAAAGCCACAACUCCAACAGGAACUGUUUUCAAUUUCUUCAGUGCUUUAGGUGAUGUUGCAUUUGCCUAUGCUGGACACAAUGUGGUGUUGGAGAUUCAAGCAACAAUCCCUUCCACACCAGAGAAACCAUCCAAGGGUCCAAUGUGGAGAGGAGUUUUAUUAGCAUAUAUUGUUGUAGCUUUGUGUUAUUUCCCUGUUGCUCUUAUUGGAUAUUGGAUGUUUGGCAAUUCAGUUGCUGAUAAUAUUCUUACUUCUCUUAAUAAACCUACUUGGCUUAUAGUUGCAGCUAACAUGUUUGUUGUCAUCCAUGUUAUAGGAAGCUAUCAGUUGUAUGCAAUGCCUGUUUUUGACAUGAUUGAGACCGUAAUGGUCAAAAAAUUGCGUUUCAAGCCAACCCGACUCCUAAGAUUUGUUGUUCGCAAUGUUUAUGUUGCAUUCACAAUGUUUGUGGGCAUAACCUUCCCAUUCUUUGGUGCUCUCCUUGGAUUUUUUGGAGGAUUGGCAUUUGCUCCCACAACAUAUUUUCUUCCUUGCAUUAUGUGGCUUGCUAUUUACAAACCUAAGAGGUUUAGCUUGUCUUGGUUCACCAAUUGGAUUUGCAUUAUACUUGGCCUCCUCCUUAUGAUUCUGUCACCAAUAGGUGGAUUGAGGCUAAUCAUACUCAAUGCCAAGUCCUACGGUUUCUAUACUUGACCAUUCAUGGAUGCAUGUGUAUAAUGGAUGUAACUUUUAGACCUGCCUUUGUCAUAUAUAUAUAUAUAUAUAUAUAUAUAUAUAUAUAUAUAUAUCUUGCAUUUUAUUUUCUCUACUUUUUCGUAAUGGUGCUUUGGUUGAAACAAAUGGAGAUAAGGUUAUUUUAUAUUCAAAUUGUUUGCAAUGGAGGGGAGGGCAGUUCAAUUUUAGCUCUCUUAGAAAAUGGAGUGAUUUUGUUUUCAAGAAAAAAUGGAGUGAUUUAGGAGAAGAAGACUUACGUUAUACAAUCAUUAAUAAAGUGCAUCAUUGUGUUUGUUUA